AUGGCCGACUUGGCUGUAUACCUUGCCGAGCAUGACCCCAACUUCCGCAGGGCCCGCCUGCCGGCUCUGUAUGCCGACUUUCGUCCCCAAAAAACAGUCAACCCGGAUGGUUAUGACGCCAAUGUCAUCGCGUGGCAAGGCGCCUUAUCGUUACUGUCCCUCAACGGCCUCCUCUCGGGCCAUGGGUCCGAGUCUAGUAUACUGAUACUGAGCGUCGACGCGUCUCUUCGACGGGUGUUGGAAAGCAAGGAAUUCGGGCAGCCCUUGGCACUGGGAGACGUGAUACGACAAGCAACCUCUCGGCGCGAGCUCGUUCCCGUCGGUCAUUUUUCUGACUCGGCGUCAAAGACCCAUUCUUCCAAGAUAUCAUCGCUCACUUGGGGCGCGGCAGAGUGGGCUCUGAAACAGCUGGGCAUUGCAUCUGGAGCCAGCAGCGAAGACAAUCUUCCGUCUGGACGUUACGUCAUUAUGAGAAACAUUGAACUGGCUCGUCAGGCCUUGGAGCGACACGUGGCCGACAGAAUAACGCGAUUCGAUCGCGUUUUUACGACAGUACACUUUAAAUCAAUAUUUGCUCCUCAACUAGUACCUGGCCAGCGUUUGAGUGACCAAGAUAUCGAUGUCUUGCUCACCUACCUAGCCAGAGAUAAACACCUCAUUGAUUACAACGGCGUCGUAGUUCGGAUUCGGAAUGCUUCGGACAAUUCCGCUAUAAGCGAUGACGACGUCGCUGUAGCGUCCAUCAAGGAAUUGAUGUCAAAUUUGAGGCACCAGGCCGAUGUCCUCACAAAGCGAGUCGAAGACCUACAUAGGGAGGCCAAAGAUGCCCUCGAGCGCAAAAACCGAAUCACGGCGAUGGCUGUGAUAAAAUCAAGGAGGCUGGCAGAAAACUGCUUGGCAAAAAGAUACACAGUUUUGCACCAACUCGAAGAUGUAGCAGCCAGAAUUGAGCAGGCGUCUGAUCACGUGGAAUUUCUCAAGGUGAUCAAGUCCUCGGCGCUUGCUUUGAGGAAUCUCAACACUCAGAUCGGAAACCCCGACCAUGUACACGAGGUCAUGGACCACAUCCGCGAGCAAAUGUCCGAAACAGACGAAGUGGGCGCUAUUUUAGCCGAAUCUGUUGGAGAGCCUAUCGAUGACUCUGAGAUUGACAAAGAAUUAGCAGCCCUGGGGAACGAGGCUCGAGGAAAUGCACAGGCAGACUUCGCUGCAGAGCAGGAGGAGCAAGAGGCGAAGAAUGUGCAUCAGCUUCAUUCUGAGUCUGGUAAAUUACCUACUCCACCUUCCGAAAUACCCGCAAGUCGUGAGCUAUCAGUUACUCCAUCAAUAGAAGCAGUAGUAGCCGAGCUUUCCCUCGGGCAUAGUUAG